AUGCUCCACUCUAUGUGUGAUAUGACAGGAGCACACAGCAGUUUGGGCGUUAAUGCAAAGGGGGCUCAUUCAUUGCAGGAAACACAAUCUUCGUCCAUAAAAGGACAUGGAUCAACAAACGAUUCACCUGCGACAAGUGUACCACCACAAGAAGGAUCUGAAUCAACAUUAACAUCUAGAGCACCGACGCCUGCACUGCCUGAACUUACUUUUCCAGAUAAGGUAAAAGAGGCAAUCGAACGAAAAUCAGCAGAUGCCCUCAAAACUCAGUUCUCACCACUCAACACAACGGAUUCACUCCCGCAUAACGGAAGAGGGAAAGGUAGACAUCGUGCGACUUCAUCUGCCGUCUCUGCUUCGCAAUAUGCAGUGAUCAUCGGGAUUGCUUUGAUUGAUUUCGAUCAUGCAGAAGGACCAAGAGUUGAGUAUGCACAUCCAAAAGAGGUAGCAGAGGAUGAAGAAUUACGCACAAACUUGCCUUUCCUUGCUCUACCUGACGGAUCACACGCUCGAGAAAGCGAUUUCUGCUACUUCCACGUACUGAGCAAGUCUCUAUCGCCUUCGACUGUAUUUGGGAUCAGCUGCAAUCGUCAGAUAGCAAGUGAUAGUCUAACGGUCAGAGGAGCAGAAGUCACACGAAGUACUGUACAGAAAGCUGUUGUUGUACUCGCUCGUGAUCCGGUAUUUGGUCCGAUUAAGGAAAAGUUGGGUAUCGUCACACAAGCGCUAUUUGCCCAGAAAGACUUUACCAACGUCGACAUUUUGAUCGAAUUUCAUGCCACUCUGGAAGCGGGACUGAGGUCCGCACAUGCCAUACCGCAAAGCCUACCGACAACUCCACAAGAUGGCAAAGAUGGUGCAGUAGAUGCCCAAUUGGCUGUACAGAAAUAUCGCGAGGAAGAGCGAAAGGAGCGUGAGGCAACAAUGUACAUGGGAACAUCGUUGCGAGAGCUAAUCUACAAAUGGCGCUUCAAGACGCUCAUGCUAGUCAAGCUAUUGUUGCUACAGCGCAAGAUCAUGUUCUUUGGCUAUCCUGUGGAGAGACUGUGCACAUACCAAUACAGUUUGAUCUCGCUUAUACCCGAUCUGCUUUUCAACUUGGCAGACGCAGGGUCGCCUGCACUCGAUACCCAAACCUCAAAAAGGAAACGUGCCGAAUCGCUAAAGACAUCUGAUCGUCAGAGUUUAAUGCGAUUCAUGGGCUUCCCGCUACAUCUAUUCGGCGAAGGCUCAUUCUUCCAGCCUUACCUACCACUUCAGCAACUGGAAAUGGCAGCAAAGAGCAAGAGCUAUCUAGUAGGAACGACAAAUAGCAUCUUUCGAAUGCAGAAAGAAUGUGCGAUCGACGUAAUCGUUGAUCUCGAACAGUCCAAUAUCGAAUUUCUGGAUCCCCAUUUGCACAGUAUAAUCGCCCUGACGCCGGCUGAUCGGAAGUGGAUGGAUGAUAUUGUACACUUGGUGCUGGAUACAUGGAAUCCUGAUGAUCCAACAAGACCCAUAUCGAUGCAAUUCCAGGGUAGUGACGAUCAUCUAAGGGCGAAGUUUGAGGAGUACAUCACUGCAUUAUUGGCUAGCGUCAAAUAUAGCGAUUACCUUGCUGCUCAUCGUGCCGAGCCUGAUCCGAUAAUAGCAUCCGAUCGGCCAACCUCUGAGUCGUUCGGGGCUGAAUUCGUUCAUGCUCUCAAACAGACACGUUGCUUUGAGCUAUGGAAUCGCACAACGGAUCAAAUGAUCUUUGAUUUAUUCGAGAAGAAACAUCCGUGCGAAGGCAAGACGAGCACGUUGGAAGAUGUCUCGCUGAGAUUGACGAGCGGGAUUUAUGAUAUGCAUCUAGAUGAAAAGUUGGCUUUGCCAAAGGAAACGCGAGAGAUGACUGCAUGGAAAUAUGCCAACAAAUGGGGAUCAGAUUUAGCACGAUUCCGAAGAGAACAGAUGGCACGAGCUCAACAGGCGAGUAAUAAUGACAAUGCAGGAACGGAAAAAACAGUCGAUGACGCAGCAGCUACGAUUCAUGCUCCCGAUCAAGGCAUCCAUCAUGUCAAUUCUGCACCAGAGGAUGCGGCUAAGGGAGGUAGUGGCAGUGGCUUCCUGACACCUGCUCAACAACAAGCAGCGUUGGAUCUACAAAAGCAAGCAUCAGCUGCUGCAGCACAGGCGGGAACACAAAUGCGAGCAGCGUUGAGUGGAUUCGGAAGCUUUUUGUCAGCACGUCAAAAGGCAUGGUCAGCAGGUGCCGCGCCCGGAGAAACGAAUGUCAAGCCAGGAACAACGGCGGAAGAACUAAGUGAUGCCGGCAAAAAGACAACACAGUCAACGGCUGCCACAACUUCAUAAUCAUUUUGUCAGAAAGCCUUUUUUUCUUGAGCAAAGCUGUAUUUUACACAUGUACUUAAUAAUCAAUAUGUCAAAUCGAUCGUGUAUGCACUAUCUGUGGUCAUGUUCAAGUGAACAGUG